GGGCUGUGCCGGCCCGCGGCAGAGGCACCAGGUGCUGCAGGGGACCCCCACCAUCCCCCCACCAGCCUGGUCCGGCGGGACUGGCCUGAGUCCCUGUCCCAGGAGCAGAAGCACCUCAUCUCCCAAUUCCUGCCCCAUAUCUUCACAGAGCUGAGUGACCCCAAGGGCUAUGUGCAGGGGGACCAGGGGAUGGAGGCCCUGCACGACCACUACUACCCCGACUGGAUGGACUUUGGCCGCCGCAGCGCUGAGGACGCGGCCGACGCCGCGUAG